AAUUUUAUGGUAAGAACUAAGAAGUAUAACUUGAUCUUAAGGGAAAAGGUCAACGGACUCCCUUCUAAAGUCAACGUGAGUGCACAGUGAGAUGGAAAUCCCCAAAUUAGUUCACAAACCCUAAUUUCUUUCUUCUUCUUCUUCCAAUUUUUUCCCCAGCAAGUGUGGGAUAUUUGCUCAUCUUCAUCUUCCCCAAAUCCUCAAAAUUGAAUCCUAUACAACAACUAAUCUCAUUAACAGAUUUGUGUUGGAUCUCUCUAAGCAUAAUUGUUUUUUUUUUGGAAGUUUCGGAGAAUGAGUAGAAGAUAUCUAGCACGAUAUUUGGUAUCUAGAUACUUCUCAUCUUCGGUUUCUUCACGUCCUCUGCACGUUUGCAUCGUUGGGAGUGGACCUGCUGGUUUCUAUACUGCUGACAAGUUGUUGAAGGCGCAUGAAGGAGCACGCAUUGAUAUUAUCGAUCGGUUGCCUACACCUUUUGGACUUGUUCGCUCCGGUGUUGCGCCUGAUCAUCCUGAAACUAAGAUUGCUAUUAAUCAGUUCUCACGAGUUGCACAACAUGAGCGUUGCUCUUUCUAUGGGAAUGUAAAGCUUGGAUCGGAUUUAUUACUUUCUGAGCUACGAGAUUUGUAUCACGUUGUUGUACUUGCACAUGGUGCUGAAAGUGACAAAGAUCUUGGCAUUCCAGGUGAGACUUUGAGUGGCAUAUACUCUGCAAGAGAAUUCGUUUGGUGGUAUAAUGGGCAUCCCGACUACAGCAGUUUGAAACCUGACUUGAAAAGUUCCGACACAGCUGUCAUCCUUGGCCAGGGUAAUGUAGCUCUAGAUGUUGCUCGGAUUCUCUUAAGACCGACAACAGAGUUGGCGUCAACUGAUAUUGCUAGGCAUGCUUUAUCUGCGCUGGAAGAAAGCUCUAUAAGGAAGGUGUUUCUCGUCGGAAGACGGGGGCCAGUUCAAGCAGCAUUGACUGCUAAAGAGCUUCGAGAAGUUCUCGGGAUUAAGAACAUGCAUAUUCGAAUAAAGGAGACUGACUUGAGUGUAACUCCUGCUGAUGAGGUAGAAAUGAAAAAUAGUAGAAUCAGAAAGAGGAUUUAUGAAUUACUGUCCAAGGCUGCAGCAGCAGCAGGAACAUCUGAAUCAGACCCUGAUCAACGAGAGCUGCACUUUGUUUUCUUCCGCCAACCUGACCGGUUUUUAGAGUCGAAUGAAAGGAAGGGCCACGUUUCCGGUGUAAACUUGGAAAAAACCAUUCUUGAAAGUGCUGGAAGCGGAAAACAACUUGCAGUUGGUACCGGAGAGUUUGAGGAUCUUAACUGCAGUUUGGUGCUGAAGGCCAUUGGUUACAAGUCGGUUCCAAUCAACGGUUUACCCUUUGAUCACAAGAAAGGUGUUGUCCCGAAUGUAAGAGGUCGAGUGGUUAGUCAAACGUUAGAAAGCUUAUCACAGACUGAGCCGGGCUUAUAUGUAUGUGGAUGGCUCAAAAGAGGACCAGUAGGCAUAAUUGCCACAAACCUAUACUGUGCUGAGGAAACGGUUGGUAGCAUAAGCGAAGACAUUGAAGAAGGUGUUUUUAAGAGCUCAAAGGAAGGAAGCAAAGGACUGAUGCAAUUGCUGGAGAAGAGAGAGGUGAAGAAGGUAGAUUAUAGUGGGUGGGAGAAGAUUGAUGCCAAGGAAAAACAAAUGGGGACUGAGAGAAACAAACCCAGAGAGAAGUUAGUCACAUGGGAGGAUCUUUUAGCAGCAGCAGCAGCCAACUAGAUCAUUCUUAUUUUUUCAGUUAAUAAAAUCACUGAAUUUUUUUUUUGGUAGGAUUUAAUAAAAUCAAUCAUAUACAAGUGUGGUAAUUAGUAAACAAAGUUAUUUUUUCAAAUACAAUCCAUAUUGUUUUACUUAAUGUAAUAUGUGUUAUUAUUAUGUUUA